CGUGAGUGAAAAUAAUAAAUUCGUCAAAAGAAUAAUAAGUGAGAAAUAGUGUGACUUUAAAUAAUUAAAAGUGCUUAACAAUGUGCAAAUUUUAAGACGAAAUUUAGUAAUUUCAAUUAUAUUUUCCAUAUAAACUCGCGAACGCAAGAAAAAAUUGAAAUGUCUGACAAACCAAAGCGUCCUCUUUCCGCAUAUAUGUUGUGGCUCAACGCUGCACGCGAGCAGAUUAAGCGCGAAAAUCCAGGCAUUAAAGUAACCGAAGUGGCGAAAAAAGGUGGAGAGUUAUGGCGUUCAAUGAAGGACAAGUCGGAAUGGGAAGCAAAGGCAGCUAAAGCCAAGGAAGAUUUUGAUGAAGCGGUGAGAGAAUUUGAGGCCCAUGGAGGCAGCUGCCGAAUUUAUAUUCAUAUAAUCAGCUGGAUUGAAAACACGUUUGCACAAAGUUUGAAGUCACUCACAUCAAAGGUAAAACAAAAAUAAUAUGCGUCAUUUUCGAUCGUUUACACAUGCAUUUAUCGUAUGAAAAGUAUUU